CGUGACUUGACGGCGGUGAUGCUCGGCCUCUCGCCGCUCUGAAGGAUGCAGCGGGGUCGAUGGAGGAGGAGGAGGUGAAGGACUGGAAGGCGGAGAACAGAAUGAACGGGUCGGUAAAGAGGAAGGAUGCGGAUUACGGUAGCCUGCCUGUCGGCCUACCUACCGACGAUGGUUUCGGUCGUUUGACAUGAAGAUGCGCGGAGACAACGGCACGGGCCUGCGGUGUGUUGAUGAGCGGAGGGAGAGCUUGUCAUUUACGUGUCGCCUCAAAUUUAUCCGUGACACCGAGGAUUGCCUGGCUUAAUUGAGAGGGAGAGCAGGCUUUGUAGUCAUUAGUUAGGCUGACUUGUUGGGCUCUAAAAUUUGCUUCUUCUUAAACAUUUUUUUUGACAUCAAAAACCCCUCUGUCGUAUUUGUGCUUCUACUGCCAUCAUGGGUUUAGCCGUGGGUUUAGCAUCCUCACCACCUGAUCGUUCCUCCGGCGCUGCUGCGGACUGGAUGUCAAACUGAGGGAGCGUCAGAAAGUCAAAAGCAAACAAACCAAAAAUACAACUUUACUGUGUCUCAGCAUGGAGGCGUCGACGGUACAGGCUCGCUGGUGGACGGCUGUGUGUGUGUGGACGGCUGUCUGUCUGCUGAGCAGCGGUCAGUCCGUCCAGGACUCCUCGGGCCUGUCUAUGGCCAUCCGCGUGCCACUGCGGCAAGGCGCUCGCGGUGAGCAGCCGUCGCCGCGGCCACCUGCCGCUGCCGUUGCCGCGACGCUCCGUGAGAGCGGCAACGCGGGCAGACGCCCUGCGCGCAGGCGGCGAGGAGCGGCGGCGGGCGGCGUCAGCUUCGUGGACAUGAUUGAUAACCUGCGUGGGAAGUCCGGCCAGGGGUACUACGUGGAGAUGGCCGUGGGCUCUCCUCCGCAGAAGCUGAAUAUCCUGGUGGACACAGGAAGCAGUAACUUUGCUGUCGGGGCAGCUGCUCAUCCUUUCCUACGCAGAUACUACCAUCGUUCACUCUCCAGUUCAUACCGUGACUUGGGCAGGAGUGUGUAUGUUCCCUACACUCAGGGUCGUUGGGAAGGGGAGCUGGGCACCGACUUAGUCUCUGUCCCACAUGGCCCCAAUGCUACACUGCGUGCCAACAUCGCUGCAAUCACCCAGUCUGAUCGCUUCUUCAUCAAUGGGUCUAACUGGGAGGGAAUCCUGGGACUGGCCUAUGCUGAUAUAGCCCGGCCUGAUGAGACGUUGGAGCCUUUCUUCGACUCUUUGGUUCGCCAGACUUCCGUCACAAAUCUCUUCUCUCUGCAGCUGUGUGGUGCUGGCUUCACCCAAAACUACUCCCUGGGCAGCGCUACCGUUGGUGGCAGCAUGAUCAUCGGAGGAGUGGACCCGUCACUCUACGUGGGAGAGCUCUGGUACACUCCCAUCCGCAGGGAGUGGUACUAUGAGGUUAUUAUCGUGCGUAUUGAGGUGAACGGACAGGACCUCAACAUGGACUGUAAAGAGUACAACUAUGAUAAGAGCAUUGUGGACAGUGGGACCACCAAUCUUCGACUGCCAAGAAAAGUCUUCCAGGCUGCAGUUAAGGCGAUUGAAGCAGCCUCUUCGACCGAGCAGUUUCCCUCUGGGUUCUGGUUGGGGGAGCAGCUGGUGUGUUGGCAGGCUGGCACUACACCGUGGCACAUCUUCCCAGUCAUCUCCCUCUACCUGAUGAGUGAAAACCGCAACCAGUCCUUCAGAAUCUCCAUCCUACCGCAGCAAUACCUGCGGCCUGUAGAGGAUGUGGCCUCAGCUCAGGAGGACUGCUAUAAGUUUGCUGUGUCCCAGUCCAGCACUGGCACCGUGAUGGGAGCCGUCAUCAUGGAAGGCUUCUAUGUGGUCUUUGACCGUGAGAAGAAACGCAUCGGCUUUGCUGUUAGCACCUGCCAUGUGCAUGAUGAGUUUCGGACAGCUUCUGUGGAGGGCCCGUUCCACGGCGUCGACCUGGAGGAUUGUGGAUACAACAUCCCCCAGACAGAUGAGUCCACUCUGAUGACCAUCGCCUACAUCAUGGCGGGUAUCUGCGCUCUGUUCAUGCUGCCACUGUGUCUCAUGGUGUGCCAGUGGCGCUUCGCUCGCUGCCUCCACCCACAUGGGGACUUCGCUGACGACAUAUCACUACUAAAGUGAAAUGGAGAUGUUGGGGACAGGAGUCGUAGAGACCUGUGUUUCAAACGCAGGACGCAGAUGGAUCGUGGUUAAAGGGAUGUUACAACAUGUUGGUGCUGUUAGAGGAAGGCUUAGAAAUGGUUUUAAUGCAUAAAGUGUUGAAAAUGCUGACAUGCGGUGAAAACGCAGUGAGGCUUGCUGCUCUCAAGCUGUUUGCCAGGAUAAACAGAGCCAUUACUAACCUGAGGUAUAGACGAGAAAAAGGUGUUGUCAUCAGCAUAAACUUUGCCUGUUAAAGCUACCUAUGCAGAUCAGCAUGGCUAGAGGAAUACAUGUGGGGGGAAAAAGGGAAACAAAAAAACUGCUCUUUGUUAUAAAUAGUGUAUAAAUAAACCGCAGAGAUGGAUUGGAUUUGGAAUUCUGAAAGAUUUGGCUCAGCGAUGCUCUAUACUGAAUGAUUUGGAAUUUAGGGAAAGUCCAAACAGAUAAAUUAUGAACAUAUUUAAAUGAAGAAACUUUUAACCUUGUUGUGAAUGCAAGAUAGGAAUCCAUCAUGUAAUUGGGCAUGGUUUGCUGUGGUGUGAUUUGAAACGUAUGAACGUGUGGUUACGUGUGUGUGUUUGUAGUUUUUCUGUUUGUGGCUUAUGAUCGAAUGAAACAAGUUGGAUAUGUGUGAGCAUGCCUGUAUGUGUGACCAGCUGUACUGUAAGUGAAGAGUAUACAGAAAGGCUUAACGAAAAUGAAGAUGAUACUUAUGAAAAAGAUACUAGCAUCUAUUAAAUGACACUAUUUGCCAGCAAAGUCUUCUGCAAUGCAAAUCAAUAAAGAGGCUAAUGUGAUUAAAAAUCAGAGUGUAACAGCAUUUACAGUUUAAAUCAGUUCUGCUUUGCGUGAAACUGAGACUACUGAACACAGUCAGUAUCAGAUGUCACUUUUUCCUCUUAUAUUGAUAGCUUAAAUCUAUCUAUUGUACAUAAGAUUUGUGCAUUCCAGAUCUUCUGUUUGCACUCACACCAAACACACAGUGCUUAUCCUUGCAAAACUAUUGCUGCACCGUCUGAUGAUUAAACAUGUAACAACACAUUACAUGUUAACAAACCCAAACCUAAUAGGGCUUCUUUCACAGACACACAAACAGCAGAACUCACCACAUUUUCCAAAGGGGACCAUAUAUGCUUGGAGAAGGAAACCAGCCCAAAGUAUGUUAUACACUAAAGAACACUAUAUAUGUCUAUAAGGGACAGUUUGUAUCGUCUCUGAACAAGCUGUAAAUAGAUCAACUCAGAACUGUAUAUUUAUCUGUCAGGCGCUGGCAGCAUUGUUGAACCAAUAAAGUACUUAUUGUAACUGUAAAA